AAGGACCCAUGAGAACCCCCAUGAAACCCAGGCUGGCGUCCGGACAAAAAUUGACCCAAAUGACCGUUUCACCCAGGUCACAGUCCGGACACAAAACGUCUAAUUUGGGUGUCAACCCAGGUGAACGUAUCUGCGAGGGGGGUGGUGGUAUGCCAGGUCGAAGUUCAGACAAAUAUGGUAGAGUAGUGUAGCGGAACGACACAGUCGAUAAUGUUGAACGCGAGAGUUCGAAUCUUGCUUUUUACAGCUUCCAUUGGACGCUUGAAGUUCGAAUGAGCAAGUCGACUACUAUAUGUGAUGCCCACAAAAGUGCAACUGGCGCAAACCAACAUCUUUUUUCUUUCAUUGGUACAGUUCUCCUGUCUCACGUCUAGUUAUGAACGAGCUCGAUCUCGUUUGUCCCCCUCCGUCCCUCAAAGUCGAUGACUUUGCGAUUGUAUACACGGAGUGGGGCCUUCACAUCAGCCGAGUUUUUGCAAUAUACUCGAAAGGUGGCGGUAAAAACGGCAAACACGCUGCUGUUGACAAAGCAGACGCUAUCGCUGGUGUCUCGUACCUUGGCGUCCAAAUCUACCAGCAACACUUUCAUCGUCAUUUUCGUUCCAUUCCUGAUGCAACCGCCAUGUUCCAAUGCAACCACUUUGCCUUCCUUCCUUCU